UUGAGAGCUAGAGACACAUUCAACUCUUACUCUGCUCAUCAUUUGUUUCUUGUAAUACAAGUCAGCAUGUUACAACCGGAGAACGCAAAAGUGGAGCAAUCUGGUGGAGGUGACAAGAUCACAUUGGUGCUGCUGGGAAAGAACAGCAAUGAUAAGUUUAUGAUAGGAAAUACCAUACUAAAAGCAGAGCGUUUUAAAGCUGGAAAAGACACAUGCACAAGAGUUGAAGAAAAAGUAGACAAUCAUACGUUCUGUAUCAUCAAUACUCCAGACCUCUUCCUCAAAGCGCACACAGAACGAGAAACUGGCAAUAUAGAGGAGAAUAUAAAGGAGAUAAAACCCCUAUAUCCUGGGCCACGUGUGUUUCUUUUGGUACUGCAAAACAAACCGCUCUCACAGAAAAAGAUGAAGAUGUUCAGCCAGCUAAAAGUGAAAUUUGGAGAGAAAAUGGUGGAAAAUACUAUUGUAGUGCUAGUUAACAGCCAGGAGAAAAAAUCUGGAGAACCACAUGACCAAGCUGAUGAGAAUCUCAAAAAACUGCUAGAUGAGUGUGGACAGAGAAUGUAUGUUCAUGACGAGAAAAAAGAUAACGAGCUGACCAAACAGGUAGUGGAGGAAUGGAAGAGAAUACAUGAAAAGCAGGUUAAAGAAUCAAGCAACUCCGCACCUGCUGAAAGGAUAUAUGAGGAGAUUGAUAUGUCACGUGUAAAUAAAGCAUCAUGGGUGUCUGAAAACAGCAAAGCACAAACUGGCCACACAUCUGAAGGUGAAUGCAUGAUGACAGUGGUCCUGCUGGGAAAGAACACCAAGAAGAAGUGUCUGAUAGGGAACAUCAUUUUUGAAAAAGAGAAUUUCCAACCUGAAAAGGUCAGCUGUGAGAAGAUUGUGGAUAAUGUUGGUGGCCGGAAAAUCUGUAUUAUCAAAACUCCAGACAUUUUCCAUGAACCAAGCUCAUCAGAUCCAGAAGCCGACAGUAUGAAGGAGCUGAAGCCAUCAUAUGAAGGACCACGUGUGUUCCUCCUCGUACUCCAGGACAGAAUGGUGUCACAAGAAGAGAUGGAGAUGUUUACUGAACUGAAGAAGAAGCUUGGGCAGAAAAUGGUUGAAAACACAAUUGUGCUGGUUAGCGGUGAAAGAAGGGUAACUGCAAAUUCAAUGGACAGACCAACAAACUUCAAAAAAGACUACUACAUAACCAUCCUGAAUGAGUGUGGAAACAGAGUGUGUGUUUACAAUAGACACAUGAAAAAUAGUGAAUUAUUUGAAGAACUGAUAAAACACAGGGAAAGCAUGCAGAAGAACCAAACACCUGAAUCAAGGAUGCCUGGCAGUUCUGAGACAUCGCUAGCACACAACAAAUCAGCUAAGAUGCAGCCACCAAAACCUUUGACCAUCGUGCUGCUGGGACAGACAGGAUGUGGGAAGAGUGCUACAGGAAAUACCAUAUUAAAAAGACAACAUUUUGAAUCACAUGCCAGUUCUGUGCCAGUAACAACAGAGUGCAAGAUGGCAGAAGAAACUGUUUAUGAAAGGAGGAUUAGGGUUAUCGACACCCCAGAUUUCUUUAACGAAGACCUUAAAAACCAGGAAGAACAGAUAAAGAAGUGCAAAGAGCUCGCUCAGCCUGGACCUGAUGUGUAUUUGCUGGUUAUGCAGCUUGGCCGUUUCACAGAGGGCGAGAGAGAGGUUCUCCCACACCUGAAGAGAGAGUUUGGCGAGGCUGUGACUUUAAAGACUGUAAUUCUUUUCACAGGCAGAGAGAAGCUGAAGAACAAGACUUUACCUGAGUACAUCAGUGGUAGUGACGAAGAACUUCAGGAACUGAUCAAAACCUGUCAAUCAAGAUGUUGUGCAUUUAACAACAACAAUGAGAAAUGCCAUCAUCAGGUGAAACAACUUCUGGAGAUCAUUUCUGACAUGCUGGAAAACAGUCCCACAGCAAAGCAUCACAAUUAUGGAAAGAAGCAUAAGGAGGUCAAAGAAUGCAGUAUCUUGUAAGAUAAAUUGUGUGUGUGCACAGCUGUAACUGGGGAACCUUUUCUUAAAAAUGCUUAAGUUUUAUUAUGGUUCGUCUACAGUUGUUACAAUUGUGUACUGUAGGGUGUAAUAUUAAGGACUGUUAGAAGCAUAUUUAAUUGUAUCUGUAUUUACUGCAAACCACUAAUAAUACUUUGUGCAGCAGAUACAUAAUCCUGAUUGUACUGGAAAGAACGUGAAAUAUUUAAA